CUGGAUAGCACAAUAUAUUAUAUGAAAUUGCACUUUACGCCAUGACUCAAGAUAAGUCUGGGAAAAUAAUGUACAACAGACUGAUAAAUCAACACUUUUAUAGAUCAAGUUAUAUUACUGCGUUGUGAAGUGGGAAAUGGUAUUGGAACUAAAAUAAAACAAUAGAACACAUUUGGAGAGAUACCUGACAACACUGAUGAUCAAAAGGGACGGUUUUGUGGAGUGGCGUUUCGAAUUUAUAAGAAAUCUGGAAAUGUGAACCAACGUAGUGCACUAAUUAAUAAGAAUCAAAAUUGUCAAGAAAAAUAAUACCAAGAUGUACAAAUUGAUUGAUGUGAGCAAUUUAUAAGAAAUAAGAUGUAAAAUGAACUAUUAAAAAGUUUUGUAAUGGAAAUAUUGUGUUAGGAGAAACUAUUAUCACAAGACACAAUUUAUAACUCAGGAAUUAGCAAAUUGGUGUAAAUACUAGUAAUUGUUGAAUUUUGAUUCUGAAUGACCAAGUUGACCAGGACGAAAUAAAGAGUUUGAUGGACAAAAAUUAACUAAAUGACUUCAACAUGGGAUGUGGUUCAAGUUCAUCAUUUGACCUUGCACCCCAUGAAGGUCAGGGUCAUGGAAGGUCAAAGUUGAAGUUGCCAAAGUUGCUGAUAAUUGGUGGAUUGGAGAAUGCUGAACCUACUGGUAGAAUUGAUAUCUACUCAUUGAAGGGGAUGGAAUUCGAAAGAUCUUUGGAGCUUCCCAAGACUUGCUAUAAUGACAAAGAUGUGGCGUUGGCUGUUACAUCAGUUGUACAACACCCUGACAGACCCGUAUUGUUCCUAACAGGUAAAAUGCCAAAACAGCAGGAUUUGAUAAUGGUCAAUAGCUCUCCCUUUUGGAUGAUAGACCUAACAAUGUCUACCCAGAAUGCAACAAAACUUGCAGACGUUCCAUUAGAAAGUUCAGAAUUUUCAUGUUACGCAAAAGUUGAUGGAAAGGAAUACAUUUACUGUGUUGGAGAUUACCAAUUUACACGUUAUGACAUCAUCAAUGAUUCUUGGUGUACAUUAUUACCAAUUGAAUUAGAUGGAGUCGUGAAAUGUCGAGGAUUAUAUGUUGCAGAUGGCUACAUUUACGCCAUCUUUGAAGAUACUAUUAUGGAGUAUAACACGCUCGAUGGACUACAUGGGCAUUGGUCAAGUGUUAUAGAUAAAGGCUCAAAAAGAGAUGGAAAAACUGCAGUUGCGGAUCACAAAUUUUACACAACUUGCAUCAACGAGAAAGCGGUAUAUGUUUUCAAUCCCGACACUCGGCAUACUGAUCUUUACGCAAAAAUCGACCCAAAUGAUCUCAAUCAGAAAUUUGGAGUUGUAGGAUUCGGAAAAAGUUUGUAUUUCACCGGGUGUGGCUCAGAGAAAUCAAGAAAUUCCAUUCUCGAAUUUGAUCUCAAGGACAAAACUCUCUCCCUAGUGGGGAAUAUAAAACAAAAAAAUGAAAACCAUUUAGCGAUUAUCUGCAAACUUCCUGAAUCAUAAGACUUGAUCUUGGUAGUUUUUCUUAUAUAUAAUUAUACUUUCUUAAGUAUAAUUUCAAUGCAAUAUAAGUUGCAAUAUUUGCAAUUAAUAUGCAAUACCUUGCAUAUUGCCACAAUAUAUCCAUUGUCUAUAAUUGACAUUCCAUACAAGAGGACUUUGAACAUAAAAAAUCAUGCACUGCAGUGAUUUAAAAUUCUUUUUUCAGUUCAACUGUCGAAAUUUUACAAACAUUGCAUGGGAAAACUCCUACCCAUUUAAAAUGUAUGCUACAGGAACAGGGAAUUCAAUUGUUGCCAAACUUUUGGAGGG